AUGAAGGAGAAGAUGAAGAAGGUGCUUUAUGUUGCUGGUUUUAAGGAUGGAGAAGAAUGUCCGUUAGAUGCGAAAGAUUUUGAUGAUGAGUUUGAUCCGGAGGAGUAUGAUAAGAUGAUGAAAGCUGCGUUUGAUGAUAAGUAUUAUGGUGCGGAGGAUUCGGAUUUGAAUAGUGAUGAGGAUGAUGAUGGAGAGAAACCAGAUUUUGACAAGGAAGAUGAAUUGCUUGGACUUCCCAAAGAUUGGGAUGUGACUAAAGGUGGGGAUGUUUUUACAGCCGCUAGAGAAAAGGGUUUGAAGCACAAGGGGAACGCUCAUCAUUCAUCCCGGGCUAACGGUGAACUUAAUGACAUGAUGGAACAUUAUGAGGGGCUGAUCCUUGGUCGGGAAAAGGAGAUUGACGCGUGGAAGAAAAAGCUUUCUGCUCUUGAGGCUGAACUAAGCUCUUCUACCGGCUCCAAGCACGAUCUGGAAGACAAGGUCGACAAUCUAACAUCCGAACUGGCGAAGAUUAAGGGGGAGCUGCAGGAUCAGUACGACCAGAAUUUCAAGCUCCAGGAAGAGUUUUCUGGUGUUCAGGGUAGGCUUCAAGAAUCCGAAUCAAACGCUGAUUCCCUGAACAACCAACUUAUUGAGCUUAACGCGAAGUCGGCAUCGAAGGCCAGAAAGGAGGUUAAGGGACGCGGGAUGGAGUUGAUCCAAGGGGCCAUCCGCUUCAUGCAGACCGAGAAGGCUAGGUCAGACUUGGAAUCAGACAUCAAGGAGCAUGAGAGCAACCUGAUUCUGUUGGACCAAAUCCAUGAAACAGAUUUCUCCGAGGAGCAAGAAAGGACCGAACUGUCGACUAAUCUUUCUGAAAAGCGGAGUCGCUUGGCAGCUCUUCCCACUUCGACCUUCAACCCGCAUGACUUCGAGGAAUUCUUUACUGAAUCACCUCCUAUAAGUGAAUCGGGUUUAGACUGA